AUGAGGGUCGUGAUUGACUUCAUCCUUUGGAACUGUUAUCACAAAAUACCGCAGGACAGAUUACUUGCGGCAUACAACAGCCUUACUGAUAAGCACCUGGCUGGGUAUUUUAACAAUACGAGGAUAAGGCGGCAUCUUUUAAGAUCAGGGCUGAUCACUAGAAGUGGAAGAAUACUUUCUGAAAAAGAGUACAAACUGAAUAUCAUGAAGCGAGAACACCAAAAAUACAUCCGGGAGUGCUUAGCCCAGGCUAUUUUUCAUAAGGUUCUUGAUAUGGAGCGUCACCAUCAGCUUGAAAUAAAAAAGAAACUGGAGAUCUUAGCUAGGAAAGAGCGAAUUCCUGGAUUUAAGGGAGAGCACACAAGCUGGUCUGUUGAAAACAACAUGACAAUCCUGUCUCCUCACCCCCCAUUGGGCCCAAAGACUAAUGGUGGCCAUAGCAUUCUGGUUGAUGAAAGACAUUCUAGUCCAUUGGCACUGACAGCCCCUCGACCAUAUACGGCUCCAGGAAAUAUGCAGCCUCCAAUUCGAUUGCAGCUUCUUGCCAGUAAUCCAGCUGUAGGAACUGUUCCAAAGAUAACUUCAGGGUCCAGACCAAAAACCUCGGUGCUGGAAAGUGAAGCUCCAUUUCCUGUUGGGGGCAAGAAGGCCAUGAUGAAGUUCAAGAACUCCACAGACAGUUCACAGAGAAUGAAUCCAUAUCAACUUCCGAACAUUAGCAAUUACUUGAUGCCUAUUCCUCCUCCACCUCCUCCCCUAAAUGGAAAAAUCAGAAAGGAAAAUAGAUCUGAAUCCUGGAGAAGGAGAAGGUUUCGCCCAACCACUGCUCCAAAUGGCUUGGAACCUCUCUUCACAAGGGAUUCAAGAAAGAUUCAUAAAACAUCACUGCAUAGUAAUGCAGCUAUUACAAUGAUUUAUUUGGGGAAAAAUGUGCAUCUCUCUUGUGAUAACUCUGACUUCAGAGAUGAAAUAAAAGUUUAUCAACAGCACUGUGGUGGGGAGAACCUUUGUGUCUACAAGGGCAAGCUACUUGAAAAAGAAACCUUCCAAUUUAUUUCCAAAAGGCACCAUGGUUUUCCCUUCAGUCUUACAUUUUUCCUGAAUGGAAUACAGGUGAACAGGCUAAGCUCCUGUUGUGAAUACAAGCAUCGAAAAGGUUCCAGACUUGGAGGCAAACGAGGCUACUUUGGAAUUGUGUGCGUGGAGAAAGCAUCUCCUUGCUACAAGUGUAUUAUUGCAAUGGGCCUUGACACCAAAGCAUCUUCAUCAAAACAUAGGAAAGAAAAGAACUCUGAGAAGAGGGAGGAAUUGGAGAGUGAAAUGAAAGAUAAACAAUACUUGAUACCAGGAAGAAAUGGCACCAAGGGGAAGAAAGUUUCUGUAUCAACUGUUUUUUCAGCUGAAGAAAUAGAAGUGGGGGUCAGAGAAGUAAGAACAGCCAUAGAAGAAAUUGAACAUCUAGAAAAACCGGGACAAGAUGUUUGGGAAGAUUACCAGGAAAAUACUUUUAAAUAUGAAUAUGAAGAAGACUUUGAAGUCGAUGAGGAGAAACAAAAUGAGAAAUCUAAUGAAGAAGGACAGGCUGAUGAUCAAAUGAAUGGAAAGUCAAAGUCACCCUCAGAUGAUGAAAAAGAUAAUUUAGACCCUGAAAAGGAGAGUGAAACCUCAUCACAGAAGGCACCAGAUGCUGAUGACAACGUGGAAGAUGAGGAUGAUGGAUGCUCUGAGAGUGAAUUAGAAGAGGACAAACAAGACAUAAAAACUGCUUCAUCAUCCUCCUCCAGAAGUCACACAUAUUCUAGUGACAGUGAAGAUGAACCUGCCAUGGAGGACAGGGAAGUCCAUGGUGAAAACAGUGCUGAUGAAAGUGCCAGAAGUUCAUUGUCUCAGGAAUUGAGUGAAAGUGAUGGGCCAGAGAAAUCUCAACUUCCACUUGCAGAGUCCUUUGAAAUCAAAAUUGAAGAUCAGGAAGCAGAGAAGUCAGAUGUGGACACCACACCUCUCCGCAUUCAGGAAAGCUUUGAGAAUGUUCUUGAAGAAGAAAUUGGGAAAGGAACGCAAGGUGAUUCAGAGAGUUUAACUGAACGUUUUUCUCGAGAAGCAAUGGAUGAAAAGAGUAAGCUUUGGGAAGGAAGCUCUGCUAGCACGUGGGUCGAUAAGGCAAGUCUCCCAGAGGUGGAGAAAGGUGGAAAGAAUUCAUUGCCAUCAGUAUAUGACCCGGCUCUUGGUGACGAGUAUUCCAUCUCACAAAAGAGGAAUUUAGUGGUGGAGGAAACGCUAGAACUUAGUUCAAACAAGGAGACAAAGCAAGCUGCACAAGAAACUGACGUGUUGCUGAAGAAAGAAGCAAAGGCAGAAGAUGAAGCCACCCAGUGCAGAGAUGCCGACACGAAGGAGGGAGAAGGGGCCGCAGCAGCCACAGGAAGCACAGGGAUCACCCAGGUUCCCCUCGGGCAGAGGAAGGGCACAGCAGAGCUUCCAGCAGCGGAAAGAAUCCCAGAGGAAAGAGAGAUGCUUGUAGGUACAGGCAGUGCGACAGGGCCAGAAGCAGACAGUCUUGGCCUCCCUAGAAAAGCAGCAGCAGGAAGUUCGGAGGCUCUGAGUGCAGCAGAGGUUCCUGAAAUGCAGGCCUUGGUGGAAACAGCGCCAGAGCCAGUGGAGCCAGUGCCUGCAGGAGAAGCAAGUGCGCUGUGGGCAGGACUUGCAAAUAAGGCCGAAGCGCCGAGCUCAGAGGAUUUUCAGGAGGGGGCAGUGGAGAGAGAGUCAGGGAGACUCUCCUCUUGGGAGGAAGAGGCUGAGACACCAGCAGCUGUGAGUGAAGCCCCUUCCCCAAAGCCAGAUGUAGGAGAAAGCCAGGAGGAAGCACUCAAAGACCUAGAGAACAUGGGGCUGGUGAGAGACGCAGCCUCGGAGACAGGGAGUGGCUCCAAUGAGGCGGUGGCUGGGCGGGAGGAACAGGCUGGAGAGAGCGAAGGGCUGAUGCGGGCAGAAACACCCGUGGGCACGUCCAGAGGAGAGGCAGAGGCAAGCUGUGGGGGCAUCUCGGAGGGCAUUUCCGAAGCACUGAGGAAGCAAGAACAGGUUGUGAAGGAGGUGGAGUCAGAUAGGGAAGAGGACAGGAAAGACACCUUGUGCCUUGACACAUUGGAAGUAGCAGGAGAGAUGGGGGGAGCUGAGGGGCCCAGCCCAGCUCCAGGAGGACCUGAAGAUGAGGGAGCAGAAGGGAAGAAAAUAAAUGCACAGGAGGAUGAAAAUGCUCCAGAAGGCGAGCACACCUCCAAAGGUGAGGUGAGGAAAACAGUGCAGGAAGUAAAAUCCCAGCAGGUGACAGGAGCUCUUCAAAGCGGAGCAGAGUCGGAUGCUGAGCAGGUGGCUAAAUUGCCCAAGGGGGCAGAAGUGGAGGCGGCUUGUGAGGCAGCCCCAGGAUUGCAGGAGUCCCUGGAGGACGUAACAGUUCCGAAUAAAGAAAGAUCAGAGGGAGAACUGAGCGAGGCACCAGACACUGUGCCCAGGAAAGUAGCCGAUCUGCAAGACCCGCUCUCCACUGGAGGAGUGGGCGCGUCAGGAGCACUGGAGAGGGAGGCCGAAGGAAGGGCACAGGCUUCUGUAGGGGCUGUCCAGGCCUCAGGGGAGGCCAAGGAGGCUGCAGCCGAAGACAAGGACUGCCUUGCAGGGCAGGGGAAGGAUAAAGACACGCCUCUAAUGGGACAAAACAGAGGAACAUUUGUGGCCCAGGAAGAUGACCCAGAAAGAGAGCCCAGGAUAGCUGGCAAGUUGAGCAAAGCAGCGGGUGUUGAGGACCCAGAAGAGGAGGCUAAGGAACUCCCUCGGGGGACAGAGGAAAUGAAAGCAGGGACCCCGUUGGGUUUGGCUGAGGCCUGUCAAAGCCCGCCAGGAGGAUCUGCGCAAACUCAGAAGAGGGAGCUGUGGGAAGACCCGCAGGGGCCCGAGGUGAAAACUGCACCAAACACAGCCGCCUCCGAACACUAUGUUGCUGGGGAGAAAACCUGGCCCAAUGGGGAAGAGUUCCUGGGAAAAACAACAGCUGCAGAGACGGAAGCAGUGGCGAUGACAGCGGCACAGGGGUCUGAGGCGGCUCUGAGACAGGACACAGGAGACAGGAUGCAUGACGAGAUAUUCCCGAAGUCACCGCCUGCGAAACUGUCAGAGUCAGGAGCCGAGAACCUGCUGCCAGUGGCAACACCUCCUGCGGGGCUCAGUGUCCCUGGAGCCCCAGAGAAGCAAGAGCAGGUGGUGCAGCAGAACCGUGACCCUGCAGAAACUAUCAGCGUGAAGACCUAG